AUUUGGAAAUAAAAUUGAGAUGGAAGCAACCAACCCCGAACUGUUUAAUAAAUGGAAGACUCAGGCUAAGUACUCUGGUGAGUUCUUGCUCACGCAGACUCAGAAGGUUGAGGAACAGAAGUUAGAAGACUCUGCUCAGAAAUUCUAUGCUUGUACUCCUCUUGAUGAUAAAAUUAAGGGCGAGCAAAGACAGAAAGCUAUAGAUAAUAGCUCUGUGUUUAAGCUCAAGAACCAAUUCUUGAUGGAGAAAAACCAAUGAGAGCAGCCAAAGCACCACUUUGAUGAUAACCUAGAUUUUAUGACUACAAAUACUUUUUAUAAUGGGCUUACUAAGAAUUCAAACCACAAGCCAGUUGAAAUCUCUCCAGCAACAGAAGAAAUUGAUCCAGAAUUGUAUGAAGUAGCAGCUAAAAAGGAGAGUGCUCUAUGGAAAACCUAUAAGGACAAUGAUUAUAGAGAAGAUGUGAAUGCUACAUCGAACAGAGCUAAUCAUGACUAUGACACAGAGGUAGCAACUAAGCUUCACUCGAAUAAGCAUAAUAAAAGAGUCACUGUGAUCUCAGAGUACUCUAAUGCCAUGCAUAAUGGAAGAGUAUUUAAGAAUCCUAGAUUUACUAGUUGUUAA